UGUUUCAGGACUGGACUCUUCACCCCAGACAUGGCGUUUGAGGCCAUUGUGAAGAAACAGGUCAUGCAGCUGAAGGGGCCCUGCGUCAAGUGUGUGGACAUGGUCAUCCAGGAACUGAUUAACACCGUGCGCCAGUGCUCCAACAAGCUGGAAUGCUUCCCCAUGCUGCAAGAGGAAACUGAGAGGAUUGUGACUACUCAUAUUCGAGACAGAGAGGGUCGGGCCAAGGAUCAGGUUCUGCUGCUGAUAGACAUCCAGCUCUCAUACAUCAACACUAACCACGAAGACUUCAUUGGCUUUGCUAAUGCGCAGCAGAGGACUAGUCAGAGUAAUAAGAGCCAGAGUUCGGCUGUAAAUCAGGUCAUUCGCAAAGGCUGGCUGACCAUCAACAACAUCAGCAUCAUGAAGGGAGGAGCCAAGGAGUACUGGUUUGUGCUGACUGCCGAGAGCCUCUCCUGGUUCAAGGAUGAUGAGGAGAAGGAGAAGAAGUACAUGCUCCCUCUGGACAACCUGAAGGUCCGCGAUGUGGAGAAGAGUUUCUUGUCCAGCAAGCACAUAUUCUGUAUUUUCAACACGGAGUCCAGGAAUGUUUACAAGGACAAUCGCACCCUGGAGCUGGCCUGUGACUCACAGGAGGACGUGGACAGCUGGAAAUCCUCUCUCCUACGUGCCGGGGUCUAUCCUGAGAAAGUCAUGGCGGUUGAGAGUGAGACCACCGCAGCCACGGAGAACUUCUCCAUGGACCCUCAGCUGGAGCGUAAAGUGGAAACCAUUCGUAACCUGGUGGACUCCUACAUGGCUAUUGUUAACAAGUGCAUCCGGGACCUCAUGCCCAAAACCAUCAUGCAUCUCAUGAUCAACAAUGUGAAGGACUUCAUCAACGCGGAGCUGCUGGCCCAGCUGUACUCUGCCGGGGACCAGAACACCUUGAUGGACGAGUCCCAGGAGCAGGCCCAGAGGAGGGACGAGGUGCUGAGGACCCACCAGGCCCUAAAGGAGGCCCUGGCCAUCAUCGGGGACAUCUCCACCACCACCUUCACCGUCCCCAUGCCUCCGCCUGUUGAUAACUCCUGGGUGGGAGGAGCAGGGGGUCGCAGGUCUCCUCCAUCCAGCCCCACCUCCUCCAGGAGGAUGUCUUCAGGCCAGCGCCCGGCUCCAAGAGGGGCCCCGCCACCACCAAACCGCCCAGGACCCCUGGGGCCCUUCAACAACACUGCUGAGAGCCCCCAGGCUCCCAGCCGCCCUAACAGGGCCCCUCCUAGCAUCCCCAGCCGGCGGCCCCCUCCAUCUCCUACAAGACAAGCCCCACCAUAAACAUCUAAAUGGGUUCCUCAUACACUUAUCUCCUCCCCUCAUCCACUCCAUCCUCUUCCUCCUUCUAUUAGCCAUGGCUCUGCCGACCUGGUCCCUCCUUUAGUGCAGACACUGACGUCUUUGACCCCUUUGACCCUCAAUUUCCUGCCAGGUGACGAUGUCCAUAUAUCUAUGUACAGUAUGGUACUUGUCUUGUGGUGUAUGUGUAUGCGCGCUUGUUGCUCGCCUGUGGCCCAGGUUUGCUUAGCAGAUCCACUACCCGGUAUCAGUCCCUGGAAACCCCCCCCCCAUUCUCCCCUCACAAUCCCCCACUUGCUGCUUCUACAUGACAAUACGCUCAGCAGUCGUACUGCCCUACUCAUUCCAAAAUGCAGCAUGGCACAUGAGCUGCUUUUAUUGCAUGGGAGUGUGUGUAUGUAGAGUGUGUGUGCGUGCGUUUCGUGUGUGUGUAUACGGGGCAGGGACUAAUUUGCCUAUAUGUAGGCUCGGGUAUGAUUUAGUAUUGUAUUAAUUUAUUGUAUAACGCCCCACCCUUCAGUGUUAAUUAUCAGCUCAAUGUUCUCUUAGGAACAGAAGGUAGUGUGUGUGCGUGUUUGUGCGCGAGUAAUCCUGUGUAUGAGUGUGUGUGAGGAUGCAUGUGCUGUCCGUCUGCACGUUCGUUGGCGUUUCAGUUGUAUUCGUUCUCAUGGUCAAAGCUGUUAAAUGACGAAUCAUAAAUGUAAUGUUGGACUUUUGUGAGUUGUUCCUGUGUUGUAGUAGCAGCCAUACAUACAUAGCAAGGCUGAGGAGCACCUUCAGUAUUCUCUAUAUGGAAACAGCCUCAAUAAUGCAUUUAACCUCGUCAUAGGUGUCAACCUGUGCUGUAUCAAUGGUGAAGUUGUGACCCCUGCAGCCUUAAGCUCAGAUUCAGACACUGACUCGUGGGGAGGAAAAACGAACGAACAUGCAUUUACAUGUUACAAUUUAGCCUUAUUCUCAGGUUUGAAACAUGCAACUCCAUGCCCAUCACAAACUAGCACUCUUUCUCUUUCCUCAAAUCUUCUAGCCUCUCUUAUUUCCUUUUCUCUCACAGCCAUCGAAAGCCAGUCAGCGUCUCAAUCCGAGCUUAAGGUGGUGUUGUGCUUCUCUGUCAGUUUGUUAUUGUGUAUGUGGGCCUAAACUGUGUUCUGAUGUAAAUAGGUAAUGAUAAGGAGAUACUGUACCUGUGGACUAUUAAGACCUCAUCAAGGAUCCUAGCGCUUUAAUCGUUCUCUCUGUCUCUACUCACUAAAUGCUCUCUUCUCUCGAAUUUAGACUGCCUUACCGGCAUGAAAUAAAAUUCUAUAUUGCCAAAGCUAAAUGUAGAAAGAGAAUUGGAUAGUUGAAAAAAAGAAGAAGAAGAAGAAGAAGAAUCUGCAGAAGACCAACAUCGAAACGGUUCCAGUUGUAGAGAGUGUGAUGGCUUUGUUUAGCAGAGGGCAUAAUGGUAAACUGGAGAAUGCAUCAGUUGUUCUUUUCUGUGUCUCUGUAUCGCUCCUCAAUAAACUUCUUCCUCAUAAUGUC